UGGGGUUGGGGGGGAGGUUCCAUGACAGUUGGAGAGAUUCCAGGCGGUUGGGACAUUGGCCGUGGACUCAUGCUCUAUCCUGUCAAAGGCUCUGUACCAGGUGAUGGAGGUGCAGUGGGAAAAAGAAGAGAUCUGUUCUCUACCUUCAAGGGGGUCUGUUCGGAAAGCUCGCGGUGUGAGAGGAACCCUGUGAAGUCUCGUGUGGCUGGAGCGGACAUGGUCUCUUCCUGGGAGGAGGACCGCAAGUUCAUCCUGCGGGGCUGGUCUCUGGUCUUCAGCAUCCUCGCAGCCCUGAUGAUGCUCAGCAUGGUGGAUGGACGUCUGGCGUACUUGCAGGGCUCUUACACUGGCUACCUGGGCUUCUGGACAGACUGCAGGGAGUACAAGUGUGUCAGCCUGGGCCAAGUCACCGUUCUCAUCCAUAUGAGCAUGGGCUUCAUGAUGCUGGCCCUGACCCUGUGUCUCAUCCUCCUCCCCUUCAUGUGCCUCUCCUUCCGGCCAGUCUUCCGACGCCUUACUAAGAUCGACCUUGUCUUCAGUUUUCUCAGCUUCAGCACUGGGUUCCUGAUCGUUCUCAGUCUGACGCUCUUUGUAGUCAACUGUGAGACGCUACACCCGAGGCCACAGGUAUCCUACCUGGUGACCACCUACCUGUGCUGGGGCGCCGGCGCCUUGAUGCUGUUGGCCGGAGUGCUGAACUACUUAAACCACUUGGGCAUGUGGGGCAGAAGUUCGCCUUUCAUGGAGCGGCGUCUGAGCUGCCGUCGGUGGGUCUCGCAGCAGAACGCUCGGAGACGCGCGUCCGAACUGCAGUCCGACGCGGACCGCAAGCUCAGCCGGGACCUGUCCAGUGCACUCACCCCCGAGGGGCGCCCCCUCGAGCCUCUCUAAACAGUUGCACCCGAGUUUUGCAGGAAACUGACCGGUAACCGCAGCCAACAUACCGGGCCCGCCCCCUGCGUCGUGGCCCCGCCGUGCCUUCUGAGGACAGGCGACAAACCCCCACCCCUCGAGCUUGGGGUUUCCCUUUUCGGCUCUGUUCCCGCCCACGGAGUCCUCAACCUGCCUUCCCUCCUACAGCGUGACACCGCCCCCUCCAGUUCUGUGCGCGGCCCCCUCCAGUUCUGUGUGGCCCCGCCCCUGGGCCUAGCUAGGGCCCGCCCCUGGAUGGUUGGCCCUCUUAGGCCACGCCCCGAAGCUGCACUCCACGGUCUGGACACCUACCCCUCAGAGGGGGAGCCCCGCCCCUGGAUACCCAGUCGGGUACCCUGGAUACCCGGGCGGAUUACAACGCUCACCGCCUCUGGAUGUAGCUCCGCCCUUCUGCGGAACAGGCCCCUCCCCAGAAAGGCGUGGCCUGCAAACACAUUUCCCCCCCCCCCCCCCCCACUUCCGGACUUCUCUGCCACAAUAAAACCUGGGUGCCUCACAA